AUGAAACUUGCUACUUCGAUACGAUGGCUCACCAUCCACACAUUUCAUCUGUCGUGGCUGGUCCGCCAGAUGAAAGGUGCUCCCCCAGACUUGUUGAAUUGUUUUGGCUGCGGUAAUACAUCACAAACAACUGCAUACAAUGAACGAUGCCAGGAGGCAGACGCGCUCAGGGAAAGACUGCUUCCCAAGGAACCAAUGUCUGCCAAUCAGGAAAACUCGAGACCGCUACCCGACGAGCCGGUGGAGAAAGGCAAUCACUCCGAGUCUCAGAAAUCACAUAUUAACACCCCUUCUGACCAGGGUCAAGGCGCAACAUCAACUAAUGACAUCAAGUUAUCGGGGACUAAUGACGGACAGUUUCAUUGGCGACUCGGGGCCGAUUCCCAAUUCAACAAAAUUGUUGAAAAGCUGGAGAAGGCUCUUGAAGACCUGAAUCAGAAACAAGAAGGCACUACAUUUUCACAACUUCUCCAGAAAGACAAACUCCCUAGUAUACUAGAGAAAUGCAAGUCUCCCAUGUGGACCGGUGAUCUUAAUUCCUGGAAAGAGGAGCUGAAAAAUCAGCUAGUCAAACUGAAUGCAAUAUUAAUUGACCCGCCAGAACAAAUUCAAAACCAAGGAAAUUUGGAAAAGGACUCCAUUUUCACCCUUGUCCACAAGGCAGCAGAUGACAUGAUCAAACUAAUUGAAAGCUUGCCUGAUGAAGAACAUUUUCAAAGAAGACAACAUGAACUUUACUUGCAACUCCUCAAAGAGCUUGAUAAGUACAACAAGAAGAAAAAAUCUCACUUCUUGAUCUCGUUUGCAUGA